AGAAAUGCUGUCCCUUGCAUGUCUCCUCCAGUCUUCAUCAGCUGCCUGACGCUGUCUGCGCCCGUGUUUGGCUACCUGGGCGACCGGCACAACCGCAAGGCCGUGCUGAGCUUCGGUAUCCUGUUCUGGUCAGGAGCAGGCCUCUCCAGUUCCUUCAUCCCCCCCCAGUACUCCUGGCUCUUCUUCCUGUCCCGGGGACUGGUGGGCAUCGGCACGGCCAGCUCCUCCAUCAUUGCGCCCACCAUCCUGUGUGACCUCUUCGUGAGGGACCAGCGGACCCAAGUGCUGACCAUCUUCUAUAUCUUUAUUGCUGUUGGAAGUGGUCUGGGCUAUGUGCUGGGGUCGGCUGUGACGGAGCUGACCGGGAACUGGCGUUGGGCCCUCCGAGUCAUGUCUCCCCUGGAAGUCUUGGCCUUGAUCCUUCUUAUCGUGCUGGUUCCAAACCCACCCCGGGGAGCUGCUGAGAAGCAGGGGGUAAUGGCCGUGGGGGGCCCAAAGAGCAGCUGGUAUGAAGAUGUCAGAUACCUGGGGAGAAAUUGGAGUUUUGUGUGUUCGAACUUUGGACUGACAGCCGUGGCCUUUGUGACUGGAGCCCUGGGCUUCUGGGCCCCCAAGUUUUUAUUCGAGGCCCGUAUGGUGCACGGGCUGCAGUUUCCCUGCUUUCUGGGGCCGUGCAACAGCUUGGACAGCCUGAUUUUGGGGGCACUGACUGUUGUGACUGGCAUUAUUGGGGUCAUCCUGGGAGCAGAGGCUUCAAGGAGAUACAAGAAAGUCAACCCGAGGGCUGAGCCCCUCAUCUGUGCCGUCAGCUUGUUUGCCGCAGCCGUCUCCUUCUACUUGGCUUUCGUCCUGGCCCCGGCCACCCUCCAGGCCUCUUAUGCGUUCCUGGCCCUUGGGGAGCUGCUUCUAUCCUGCAGCUGCGCAGUGGUCGCUGACAUCCUGCUGUCUGUGGUGGUGCCCAGGUGUUGGGGAACAGCAGGGGCACUUCAGAUCACAGUGAGCCACAUCCUGGGAGAUGCCGGCAGCCCCUACCUCACUGGACUUAUUUCCAGCGCCCUGCGGGACGAGGGCCCUGAUUCCCACCUGCAGCACUUCCUCAGUCUCCGGCGAAGCUUCCUAUGUCUUGUCUUCGUCAUCAUCCUGGGUGGCGGCUGCUUCUGGCUGACUACGCUGCACCUGGAGAGAGACCAGGCCCUGGCCCAGCAGCCUGGCCCAGGGACCCCGGACAAUAAGGACAUGGAUGGCAAGGCCACGGAGAGCCAACCCCUACUUCCUGGCACGAGUGCCUCCACAAAGGACCACUGAGGCCCCUGCCCUGCAGUGAGGAGGCCCCACCCACCUGGCCUGGAUCCCUCCCGGUGGCCUCCACUGCCUCAGUGCCUCUGCCCACCUUUGGCUGUGGUUCUGGGGCCCUGGCCGAGCUGCACCUGCCACUUCUUUGCUCCCGGCUAGAUAGCUGGCAGCGCCUGCGGCUGGGCUGGGAAUUGAGCUGCCACCACCCUCCGCGGGAGGCCCACGCCUGUGCCUACACCCAGCACGAGGCCGCUCCAGCCUGGGGUUCUCAGCCUGGCUGCCUGUGGGCCCCGAUUAAAGUAUGGCCAGUACAAAGCCCAUGGAUAUA